AUGGCGCGCACUGUGUUGGCGGGAGGAGCGCUGCUCUGCGUCCUGAGCAUGGUGCUGCAGGCGCGCGCGCUCACCCUGCUGGCACACGACGUCCGCCCUGGACAUACAGUCCGGCAUUUUAUUGGAAACAAUUCGCGCUAUACACUGCUUGAUCCAGAUUUUACUUCAUAUUUUACUUUACUGGAUGAUGGCAUCCUCAUGACUACUGCUGAUCUUGCACCACUUCUGAAUAAACCCAUAAACCUUGCCGUUUUGGAGCAAACACCGUAUAGUAGCUCUGCACAUUCAGUCCAUCUUUAUGUAAUGGAUCGUCGAAGAAUGUUGCAUUUUAGUACGACUAAUGGGUUGAUUGGAGAGAUUCCAGAAAAUGCUCCACUGGGAUCUGUGGUGGACUUACCUCCUGUAAGAGCAACAGCGUUGAUUGAUGUUGGUCCGAUCGCUUAUAAAAUAAUUAAAGGAAAUGAAGGCUCCGCCUUUGGUUUGAGAGCUAAAGGAGAUAGAGAAUUCAAUCCUGAAGUGAGGUCUGUCAUAACUGAUGGAGAUGUUGAGGUAAUAGCUACAAAAACUUUAGAUGCUGAGGAGAAAAAUACGUAUGACCUCAUUGUUCAGGCAACUGAUAUGCAUGGAGCAAGCAAAGCGAGUCUCCCGAUCCGAGUGAACGUUGCUAAUGAAAAUGAUCAUGAGCCGUAUUUUGAACAGGAUAUAUAUUAUUUUUCUGUUAAUGGUACUCCAGAUGAAAAUGGUCCAAACGGAACGGCACGUUGGCAAAGGUUUUCAAACAUUGGAAAAGUUAUCGCUCAUGAUGCCGAUGGUGACCGCUUAUAUUAUUCGCUGUUGACGCCUAGCAAUAUCGCGGUUAUAGUGCCUCAAACAGGGGAGCUGAUAUUAGCAGAUGAACCGGAUAGUCAUGAAGCAGAAUUGAGAGUUGUUGCUCACGACACUGGCUCUCCACCGCGCAAAAGCCAACCGUCAAGGGUUUAUUUGGAAUUUGUUGUUUUCGAUCGAAAAGAGUUGCCGAUACUUCACCGAGAUAAGCGACGAGUAACUCGCGCAGUAAGACCAACAAAGCGAAUUGAAUUUACUGAGGCCGACGGCGAGGUAGAGGGAAGGGCUGUAUUCACCCUUGAAAAAGAAACAGAUCGCGAAACAUUUAAGAUCCGUGACGAAAAUCCUUGGGUAACCGUCGAACCUAGUGGUGUAGUGAAAGUUAAAAAGAAGUGGGACUAUGAGGAGCUCGGGCCUGAGAAAACAAUCGAUUUCUGGGUGACCAUCACAAAUGCAGGCAAUGGAGACACCGACAACCAGCGAGUGAUCAUCCACGUAAAGGACGUAAACGACGAGCCUCCUUACUUCAUAAAUCGUCCCCUGCCCAUGCAAACAGUAGUUCAACUCAACGCUGCGCCCAACACUCCAGUGUUCACACUACAGGCCAGGGAUCCUGACACUGACCAUAACAUUCACUACUUCAUCGUGAGAGAUAGGACAGGGGGACGCUUUGAAGUGGACGAACGGUCCGGCGUUGUGCGAACCAGGGGAACAGACCCAUUCCAGUUGGAUAUGGAAUACGUGCUCUACGUUAAGGCUGAAGAUCAGAGUGGUCGCGUAGACGAGAGACGAUUUCAGUCCACGCCUGAGGAGCGAUUAAGUAUUGUCGGCGGAAAACGCGCUCCACAAUUUUACCUGCCAAGUUAUGAAGCCGAAAUAGCUGAAAACCAGAAGAAGGAUUCUGAUAUCAUAUCAGUUAAGGCAAAAUCAUUUGCGGACCGUGAGAUUCGGUACACACUCAAGGCCCAAGGUCAGGGCGCCGGCACCUUCAAUAUUGGCCCUACUUCAGGCAUCGUGAAACUGGCCAAGGAAUUAGAUUUUGAAGACUUGAGACAACCACACGUUUACUCGUUAGUUGUCACUGCGACUGAAGAUUCCGGAGGUUUCUCUACGUCUGUUGAAUUAACUAUCCGCGUAACUGAUGUCAACGACAACGCGCCGAAAUUUGAGCUGCCCGACUACCAGGCGCACAAUGUUGACGAGGAUAUACCCCUUGGCACCAGCAUACUGAAGGUGAAAGCCAUGGACGCUGAUUCAGGGAAAAAUGCCGAAAUUGAAUACUUAGUUUCAGAUGAUCAUUUUAGCGUCGACUCAAAUGGCAUCAUCACAAAUAACAAGCUUCUUGACGCGGACAACAACAAUGCUUACUACGAGUUUGUCGUCACUGCUAAAGACAAGGGAGAGCCUGCUAAAACUGGAACUGCUACAGUACGAGUUUACACAAAAAACAAGAAUGACGAAGAACCAAAAUUCUCACAGCAAGUGUACACACCGAAUGUUGAUGAGAAUGCUGGUCCAAAUACUUUAGUCACAACUGUAGUUGCUUCUGAUAAAGAUGGUGACAACGUACGCUUCGGUUUUGUCGGCGGAGGUACAAGUUCAGGCCAGUUUGUCAUAGAAGAAAUAACUGGUGUAAUCCGACUGCACAACAAAGCUAUAUCGCUUGACAGAGAUAAAUAUGAACUAAACGUAACUGCUAUGGAUGACGGCGCAUGUUGCGUUAAUGGAGAUGCUACAAUUCACACUUCCACGGCUGUUGUAGUUGUAUUUAUAACAGACGUGAACGAUAAUAAGCCUAUAUUUAAAGAUUGUCCUACGUAUUUUCCGAAAGUCGAAGAAGGCGCGCCAAAUGGCAGCCCUGUUAUAAAAGUUCAUGCCACUGAUGAAGACAAGGGAGUGAAUGGACAAGUUAAAUAUUCUAUAGUACAACAACCUAAUCAAAAAGGCACUAAGUUUACUGUAGAUGAGGAAACAGGUGAAGUAUCCACGAACAAAGUAUUCGACAGAGAAGGAGAUGACGGAAAAUUCGUAUCGGUAACAGUAAAAGCAACGGAUCAAGGAGAGCCAUCAUUAGAGGGUGUAUGUUCAUUCACUGUAGAAAUUACUGACGUUAACGACAAUCCGCCAUUGUUCGACAGACAAAAAUAUGUGGAGAAUGUUAAACAGGACGCCAGUAUAGGCACGAACAUAUUGCGAGUUUCCGCAUCUGACGAGGACGCCGAUAAUAACGGUGCUAUCGUAUACACUUUAAGUGCACCGUAUAAUCCGGCCGACAUAGAAUAUUUCGAAAUCCAGCCCGAAUCGGGCUGGAUCGUACUUAAGAAACCGCUCGACCGGGACAGGUACCGACUGCGCGUGCGCGCCUCCGACAGAGGCGACCCGCCCUCCUCCGCAGACGUGGACGUUGAAUUAGACGUGGUAGACAGGAACAAUAAGCCCCCCAUCUGGGACAUGACCACGUAUGGCCCCGUUCACAUCAAAGAGAAUGUCACACGAGAAACGUACAAGUUGGAGGCUAUGGCUCAAGACAAGGGCUUCCCACCCUUGUCCAGAACCGUGGAGGUCCAGAUAGACGUAGUGGAUCGCGCAAACAAUCCCCCCGUGUGGGACCACACGGUGUAUGGCCCGAUCUACAUUCGAGAGAAUUUGCCCGUGGGCGCCAAAGUGGUGUCCGUGAAAGCAAGCUCGGGCAUUGAAAACAAUCCCACAGUGUUUUACCGUUUAAUGCCCGGCUCCACUGCACAAACCAACAAGUUUCACACAUUUUAUUUACAACAAAGAGCUGACAAUGGAUUCACAUGGGCAGACAUAAAGGUCAAUCAUCCGUUAGACUACGAAAGCAUCAAGGAAUACAAUCUUACGAUUCGAGUUGAGAACAACGGGGCACAACAACUUGCUUCUGAAGCGACUGUCUACAUCAUGCUAGAAGACGUCAACGAUGAAAUUCCACUCUUUACUGAACGAGAACAAGAGACGGUUCUGGAAGGCGAACCGAUUGGCACAAAGGUCACGCAAGUCAAUGCUAUUGAUAAGGACGGAACUUUCCCGAACAACCAGGUGUACUACUAUAUCGUGGAUUCGCCGCGCAACGAAGGGAAGGACUUCUUCGAAAUCAGUAUGCAGACCGGGGAAAUCUUCACAAAAGUUGUGUUCGACAGAGAAAAGCAGGGGGCGUACGCUCUGGAGGUGGAGGCGCGCGACGGAGCACCCUCGGCCCGGCCUAAUUCUGACAACCAGCCGAAUUCAGGUUGGAAUUGUUAA